AUGACUUCAAUUUGGAAAGCAAUUCGUUCAACAAAAAAAGCUGAUAAAAUAUCAAAUUUUAAACAUGAAAAAAGUCCAUCAGGUGCAUCAACAAAUGCCAAAGCAAUUAGACAAAUGAUGUCAAUGAAUAAUGAUAAUGAUAAUAAUAAUGUUUGUCAACCAAUAAUAAUCUCAUUAAAUAGAAUAUCAUAUUGUUUUGUUGAUUCAACAUAUGAACGUAUUAUUGCAUUUGUUGCUACAAAUGAUAAUAAUUGUCAUGAAUGUCAUGCAUUUAUGACAGAUAAAACAAAAAUAGCCAAAUCAAUAGCAUUAACUAUUUCAAAAGCAUUUAUUAAUGCAUAUGAAAGAUGGAUACAGCAAAAAAUACUAAUAUCAUCAUCAUCAUCGUCAACAAACAAUUCAACUACACAAUGUAAAACAACAGAAUAUACAACGAUGGAUACAACAACAACAACAACAACAAAAUCGAUUGAUAAUUGGUUUGAUUUU